AUGGGCGAAGAAGUUCCAACCGAAUCGACGCCUACGUCGGACGCCAUCGACUCAAAGAUUAUGGACAUUCUGAACCCAAGCCUGCACCACCAUGAUCUAUUACAAAGCUACGUGCGAUCUCCGAUCGAGAGCGUCUCGAAUUCGAAGCAAUCCGAAGAACUGGAGAGCUUGAAUAAAAAUUCAUCAUCCCUAGGCACCUGUCUCGCGGUGGAGUCCUCCGAGGACGCCGAUAAGGAGAGUCGCGUCAGCCACGAGCCGAAGAAGAGGAAGAGUAACAAAAAGCAGCAGAAGGACAAGCCCGAGAAAUCGUCCAUCGAGUCGGAGAUGAACAUCCAGAAGAAAAAGAAGAAGAAACGACGUUACGACAAUGGUGUUCGACGUCAGGAGGAGGUGUACACCGAUAAGGACAGGGCUGCGGCGGUGAACAUGGGCACCAGAGACAUUAAAUUGUCGUUGAAAAUGAAACAGAAACAGGAUCGGAAUUUACAGUUGCCCGAAGAUACCGAGCCAAGCGCUAUGCUGGCUUUGGGAUUGCGCGAGAUGCGCAUUGGCGACAUUACAGUCGCUAUGAAUUGUAUUAAUAAGGCGCUGGAUCUGGAACCAAACGAUAAGAAUGCGUUAAUAGCACGAAGUAAGUGCCACCUUUUAUUGGGAGAGCCGCGGAAAGCGUUACAGGAUGCUGAAAGUGCGCUGCAACAUAAGAUGAAGAACGCCAGCAUGGCCAAGACGAUGUAUUGUAAAGCUGAGGCUUUGUAUCAUCUCGGUGACUUUGAAAUGAGUCUUGUAUAUUAUUAUCGUGGAAUGAGGAUUCGACCAGAAUACGGACAGUUUCGUCUUGGUGUACAGAAAGCGAAGGACGCGAUAAAGAAUGUAUUGCGCAAAGAUUGAUAUUAGUGUA